AUGAGAGAGGUGUGUCUCCAGUGACACACGGUCCAGUUCCUUCUCCCUUGAAUUCUUUCAUUCAUGGACAUGCAUGCACCACCAGCUGCUUGAUUGCUUGCUAAUGCAAUACUGCGGCUUCCCUUCCUCUUUUUUUACUUUCUACCUUUAUCUCCUUUUUGUUUGCCCUUUAUAAAGAGCAGGAUAUCGCCCACUUUCACUUUUGGCACCCUUGGCCGCAGAAUUGGCCUUUUGUCAAACAUAGCACGUAAACCAUCGGUUCGUCUCGCAACAAUCAGGCACCAAUUGAUUCGAUUGCGUGGCUCCCCCAGAACAGUUACGACUUUGCCACACCAGCAAUUCGACGACCUUCUUUCUGACUGUCUCCUCCGCCUCAUCCGUCCCCGCGCUGGCUGACAAAACCAACCCCCGGUCGGAAUUAAGCAGCAAGAGUUCGCCCGCGCCGCCCUGUUCAAUUCAAUUCAAGACUGCGGACGAACAAACACAAACUUCUGGGUCGUCUGCCAUCCAUCCUUUUUCUUUGAACCCGACAACUCAAUUUCUUCAUUCAGUGUUUCGAUUGUUGAAUUUGAUUCAAUUCAAGUCAACCCGACAAUUCUCGCAAGACUUGCGCGCCGCUGUAUCUAUCGCUGCUUCUACUGCACCAAUCAACACACCGACAAGUCGACGCAGAUCAUUCUCCGCCCAUCUACCUAGUCAAUCAGGUUUCCGCAUUGGGCAGCAAACUACACCAGACACACAUACACGCACUUACAGUACUUCAUUCGGCGACUCUCCAAAGUCUGCUUGCAAGAAGAGAAAUAAGUGCGUGCGGAACUAUUCAACGACAAAAUUAUCGCUUCGGAGUCGCAUCGCUUAUGGUCAACUGAUUUUUUGGCCAUCGGCGACAUUUUUUUCGGCUUUGAAAUAACCAAGAACCACCAGUCUUACGAGACCGAUUAUCUCCGAUAAUCCCACCGAGUUAUAUCAAUAUUCGACAAUUUGUGUGUGGCUGCUGCCUGCAUCGUCACUCACCCAACCGACCAAGCCACAAAAUUACUUGCAGCUACCUGCACUAGCUUCGAGUAUAAGUUGUUCAUCAUCUGCCCCCAGAAUGUCUUUACACGACACAUCCACGAAUUCCCCCCAAUAUUGGAAUUCCGCCCAACCCAACAUGGACGCCACUAUGUCAGACAUGCCUUCGUCUUCUACAGACGACUCCAAGUCCAUGGCUAUCCAGAGUUUGAUAUCACCUCCAAUCAAGUCUCACGACUCGUUCCAGCAGAACACUUUGCCACUGGACCUGAGCGUAGCAGUCACUGCCAAGUCUUCCCGCAAUCAGCCUGCAGUACACCCGCCGCCCUCGCCUCCAGUCUCCCAGAAGAGCUCCCCUGAGAACCAGUCCAAGGACUCCCAAGAUAUCAACGACGGACGGCCAGGGUCGAGUGGCAGUCUCGUCGACCCCGUGCUAUACCCAGGCGCCACCAUUGAUGACCCUCAGCCACUGUUUCCACCCACUCAAGAUGGCCAGGUGCAAAACCGCGAGUCGCAAGACGAGGAGAUGAUAGAUGCCCAUAUCGCCAGCAGGCCGCAGCAAAUGUUCAUAGAGAGACCGCCUCCUUCCAGAGAGGACUAUCAGCUGUGCGUCAGUUUCGUCUCAGGGAUGGUAGGUGCCUACAUGAGAGAUCGUAAGGGAUGGCUCAAGAUGUGUCGCGCCGAGCUCCAAUCACAGAACAGAGCCAGGCGCGAAGCCGAGAGACAGGCAAAUCAGACUGUCCACAGGCCGAUCCGGCCUGCACCACAGCCUCAACCGAUGCGCAGGGUACCGUCGUCCUCAUCAGCCUCACGGGUAUCCAAACCUAAGCGGGCGCCUACUUCCCCUCGUUCACUCCCGAUUCAACGAGUGGUACCUUCAAAGCCAGCUCCAGCUCCGCCAAAGCCAGUUGCACCUCAAGCAUCUCCAGUCCGUUACGCAUCUGUCCUCGCCAGACCUCACGUGACAGGAGUCAACCCCAUCGCGCCGCGGCCAAUGACACAGGACACAAUGCACCCUUCAUACUCGCCGCCUCAGCCGCUCAAGCGCACGGUCAAGGCCACAGCAAAGAAGGUAGAGAGCGACAACCUCGACGCCAAGAAGCAACCUACGACGCGGGCCGACAAGGACUUUGACUCGAUUCCGGACUACUCUCCUCCGCUGUCAUCCCUAGACAGCCAGAAGCCAGGCUGCAUGAAGGUCGAGUGGCGCGGGCAGCACAUGGACCUCAGCCGCGACCCGCUCGUGGGCCUGCUGCACAAGGAAGAGGUUCUCCUGGCCGGCUGCAUCCGCGUUGACUGCGCGACGUACCUGACCGCGAAGCGUCGCAUCUUUCAACGCCGUCUCGAGUGCAUGAUGCAACCCAAGGAGUUCCGCAAGACGGACGCCCAACAGGCUUGCCACAUUGACGUCAACAAGGCGAGCAAGAUGUGGCAGGCGUUCGACAAGGUUGGCUGGCUCGAUUCAAAGUGGAUGGCGCCCCACGUCGGCACCUUGCGCGCGGCCUAGUAUUCGUUGCGCACGCAACUACCUGGACGAUUCAGUGUUGCAUUACUGAACGUCGAUUCGGGUACCUCGACCACCCCUCUUGCUCUUGCUAUUUCUGCACCUACUUUUGAGCCCCAGUCUCACAGUCAUAUAUCGGCUUUCCCCCAACAUUCAACGUACGAACGUAUGAUUUUUUGUGUUUCAUUUCUUUACGCUGCACGACGGAUGACGGCUGCAUUUGCUUGGGUUUACUGUUUUCUCUCAAUGCUUGUUUCAGGAUGGGUUGGUUUUGCAUUUUCCUCACACCUUGCUGACUCCAAUCAUCAUUGUUGGUCGAUGUGCGACUACAAACAACUUUGGUUCUUUGUUUGCCAUCACAGCAGGAUGACAGGACGAAGCGCCUCUCUCCACUCGACAUACAUUAACGGACAGACAUCACUAUCAUGUAUCUAUUUUCAGGAUUCGUGUUUUCCUUUUCUCUUUUUUUUUGGUUUCUUCUCUUUUCUUGGGUUUACCUACACAUCACAUGGCAUGCAUGGUACAGGGGAGGUUGUCAUUGAAGAUACCCGGCGAGUGUACCAGACACCCAACGAAGUCGACGACGCACUCACCACUCCUUUGUUCGUUUUUCUCAUCAUACACUGGAGUCUCUUAUUUUUUGGUUUUAAGUUAUAUUUUGGGUAUGGGAACGGAUGGAUUCGGUUUCUUUCACUGGGAAAAAACAGGCACGACCAGACAUUGUCUCGCCAGGGCAUAAUCUGGUACGUACUGCUUUUCCCUCACCAUGUGUUUGGCUCGAGGAGAUCAACUCGAGCCAAACAUAGGGUGCCGAGUAGUCGGUGGGCAUGCCCGAAAACUGCAACACCCUGUUUUACUACGGGGUUAGAUACCAUUACAGAACUAUUGGAAAUAUCACAUUGGAAUUUUACAUUUCUCUCUC